AUGAUUAUUUAUUUAGAAGAUAUUCCUGAUGUUAACAAAUUUGUUGUGAAUGGAUCAUUAUCACUAAGUUCAUCGAUUCCUAUGGAAAAUUCAACGAAUACAUUUUUAUCUUCAUCUCGAAUACUUAAUAUUCUAUCGACUAGUUAUAUAUUGACGAGCAAAAUAAUUGAAAAUGAAUCUACAUCACCUUCAUUAUCACAAACAUCUAGUACAUCUCAAACAAUACCAACAAUAAUAUCAGUUAAUUCACUUGUUGAUCAAAUGAAUUCUUAUCUUAAUAUCGAUAUACUUGCUCGUAUAAAACAUUGUGAUCCAAAUAUGCAAUUAAACGACGUAUGUGAAACAUAUUCCAUGGAUAAUAAAACAAAUUCAUUAGUACGUCAAUCAAAUAUUGAAUUUGAUACAUUACAAUAUCUUUCUGAUGUUCUUGUUGAUCAAAUAAUUGUACAAAAGCUAAAUGAAUUUUGUUUACCAAUUAAAUGGUGUUUAAACAAUUUGUCCGAAAGUGAUAUUUAUGUUACUUAUGGUGUUAUACAAGAACGUGGACGUUCAUUUUGUUACUUAGAACAAUGUUAUUCACGGCUAUUAGUAUUUAUUAAUACAUGUCCAAUACUUUCGAACACGAAUGUGAGCGUACCAACAUUAAAAUUAUUACCAAUGUUAUGUACUCUUUAUAAUGAACAACCACGUUGGAAUUCAAUUCAGUGCAUGAAAGAAGUCGUUUAUCUUCUUCAUAUACUUUAUGCUUUUUGGCCUCAAAUUGAGAAAUGUUAUGGUGAUGUUUCUACUGGUUUUAAUGUUUGUACAUCUGAAUGUCAAUCAUUUAAUGAUAUUUUGAAUAAAGUUAAAAUUCAAUGUGAUGAUAAUGGAACUUUUUUAUCUCAAGUACCUGCUUUAGAUUGGUAUCAAUCAAUUAAUUUAAAAGACAUGUGUUAUCAAAAAAAUAUUUCAACAAAAUAUCGAUUUAUAUAUUCAGUAGAGAAAUUCUUUUCUUCGAAUUUAUUUUGGAACCAAUUUCAUAUUAAAUCUAUCUAUACUAUUUUACUUAUCACAGCUAUUGUUUUGAGUGUAAUCAGUUUUUCAUUAUGUUUUUAUUUUAAAACAAAACGUCGGUUUAAUUCAAAUAAUCGACGAUUUGAUAAUAAUUAUGAAUAUAGUCGAUUACAUGAUUCAACAUUUGAAUUUGGAAAUAAUACUGAAAUUUCAAAUAUGAGUUCAACAACAAAUCGGAUAAUGGAUGAUGAAUCACAAUUAGAUUCAAAUGAUCGUUUUCGUUCCCUUGAAUACCAACGAUUAUUACAUGCAGAAUCAUAA